AUGGAUUCAUAUGCAGUUUUGAGUGCUCUAUCCGAUGGCGGUUUUGGAUUUCAUAAACAAGACGAUUUUAUCAAAGCUGGUAGUUAUUCCCUGAAUGCCUUGCAUAAAAUUCGUUUUAAUCCUAAUCUUGGUUCUCUUACAUGGUGUGCAGCGGGUGGUGAAUCUGGUCUUCUUAUACUAUUACCGUUGACGCGUGCUUGUGCGACAAUUGCAGAUCUACAUUACAAAGAAGAAAACAAACAUUAA